AUGGCUCCCAAAGGAGAAGGCAGCGGCAAAGCUGCUAUGUCGAACGAAGCCUUCCUUUCUGCAUGCAUCAAGCACGGAAAAGAGAAGCUCUCUGUCAAUUUCGACACACUUGCUGAAGAGCUGAAGAUGAGUGCAGGUGGAGCAGCAAACAAGUAUCGUGCACUCAUGAAACAAUUCGAAUCCGAAGGUGCAGCUUGGGCAAACAAAGACGGUACUCCGACUCCACAGAAGCCAAAGCCUGCUGCCGGUUCUAAGCGCAAGGCACCCGUCAAGAAAGAGCCAAAGGACGAGGAAGCUAGUGACCACGAAAAAGCCGACGAAGCCGAUGAACCACCCAAGAAGAAGGCCAGAGGCAAGGGAGCAAAGGCAAAGACUGACACCACUACCCGAGGUACCAAGAAGGGUGGCAAGAAGAACGCUCCGUUGGUUACUGAUGAAGAAGCUGCUGCUCUGACCGUCAAAUCAGAAGAGGAAGGAAACGUGGCUGAUGACGAGAGCGACAAGGAAGCUGACGAUGAGGUCAAGGCCGAAGCCACAGAUUGA